GUACCAUCACCUGUUACAAUAACAGAAUUAAUACCGUCAGAGACCAAUAUAACAGUAAAUUUUAAUCUACCAGUUGAGCCAAAUGGUGUGAUAACAGAAUAUAACAUAGCUUAUAGCGAUAACAGUAAUUUUACAUUCCCUACUUCAAUAACACACAGAUCUGAUGAUAAUGUGGCCUCGAUAACAACUGGGGUAACUAAUGCUAGGAAAUGUAGUCUAACUCCUGGAUCUCUGUAUCGCUUUGUUAUAACAGCUACCAAUGAUCGUGGAGUGGGUCCAGAAUUAUCUGAAGACUUUUGGACUGAACAGAAUACUCCACCGAUUCCCCCUGUACCAGUUCUGGUAGAUUCGUCAUUCACAACAAUUACAGUUGCCAUUGACCCAGUAAUUGUCUCCCCUGGGCCUCGGAUCUCAUAUCAAUUACAGAUCGAGAAAGAAACAGCAAGAAAGAGAAAGAGACGUAUUGCCUCUCUACCAGGAUAUGUCACGGCUGAACUAACUCAACAAGAUAUACCAUCUAAGCGUAACUUUGUGAUAGGAGAUGGGAAGAUUUAUGGUGGCUAUAACAAUGUUCCUCUAGACGCAAAUCAAGCCUACAAUGUUUACUAUGUUGUUCGUAGCACUAUCAAUAAUUCUACUAAAAGCGCUUAUUCCCAGAUGGCAGCCCCAGUUAUAGCUGCACCUCAAGUUGUUACUGAGACACCUACAACGGAGGAACCUCUAGCAACAGGCGGCACCACAGAUUAUACCACCCUGAUAAUUGUUCUGGUGGUGCUUUUCAUCAUAAUCAUCAUCAUUAUCAUCAUCAUUGUCGUGUGUGUCUGGUGGCGAAAUAGAACGAUUUCGACUCCUUAUAAACCCCAACUCACUAAUGAUAUUGAUAUGUCUGUAUACAUGCAAGAUUACGAUCCUGAAACUUAUUGGAAUAAAGUGUCCUCAUUGCGUGAGAGUCGGUAUAUUAUUGCUGGUAGAGAUCUACUUCCUUCCAACCCAACAGACCCUGCUGAUAUGAAUGGUUAUACAUUGUGUGGACCAAAUAACGAUAGAAUCUCAUUUAGUGAAGAGUUUAAGAAAAUAGGUCAUGCCUCCCAAUCAGCAACUGACACUGAAGCUAAAUCUAAACGGAAUAGACAUAAAAAUAGAUUUCCACAUUUGUUACCUUAUGAUCAAACCAGAGUUAUCCUAAAACCUGAUGAGAAUUCCAGCAGUGACUAUAUAAAUGCUAGUUAUAUUCGAGAUGAUAAACAUGAAGUAGCCUAUAUUGCUGCACAAAGUCCAUUCAAUGAACAAACUGUGAUAGAUUUUUGGCGAAUGAUAUACCAAGAGAAUAUUAAGACAGUUGUAAUGAUAACUAACAUUGUUGAAGAUGGUAUUGUCAAGUGUACCCAGUAUUGGCCAGAGACUGAUGAAACUCAAAUUGUUGUUGGGAAUUUUUAUUUAGAAUUGGUAGAAGUUGAUGAAUAUGCAGACUACAUCAUACGUACCAUCUAUCUACAGACGUCAGUAGGAGGUGAUAAAUAUGAAGUUGUUUUAUUUGAUUAUACCACAUGGCCUGAACAUGGUGUUCCUCUCGACCCCAUUCCUUUCCUAGAGAUGAGGUAUAAGUGUAGAGACUACCAUGGUAAGGAUCCAGGUCCUAUACUGGUGCAUUGUGGUACAGGUAUGGCUAGAACAGGAGUAUUUAUAGCUGUGGACUCAUUAAUAAGUCAAUAUGAGAAGAAGGGUCGAAUUAGUGUGUUUAACUUUGUGAAGAGAAUGCGUAAAGAUAGACCAAACAUGGUGCGUACUUUUGGACAGUAUGUGUUCAUUUACGGAUGUAUAUUUGAAGAGUUUUAUGCAGGAGAUACUAUGGUAGGAGAAAAUUUGAAGGAGACCUUCCAUGAUCUCAGUAAGAAAAACAGAAAAACUGGACAUUCCUAUUUGAAAGAUCAGUUUCGACUUCUGGAGAAGUUUACUUUUGGUCCACCAGCAAGUAAAUGUUCCGAUGCCUUGUUGCCUGCUAAUAAAAUGAAGAAUCGAUAUUCUGAUAUUAUACCCCAUAAUGAUGAUCGACCAAUAUUAUAUACACCAGGUGGUAUUGGCAGAAAUGACUAUAUUAAUGCUGUUUUUAUGGAUGGAUACAGAAAACGCAAUCAAUUUAUUAUGACACAAACGCCCCUCCAUACAACAAUUAUUGACUUCUGGAAGUUAGUGUAUGACCACGAUAUUAAGACUAUUGUUAUGUUGGAGAAUUAUGACAGUAAAGAUGAUACAUGUGCUAAAUAUUGGCCCGAUGUAAAAAUGAAACAGUUUGAACCUUUUAUAAUAGAAGCUUACACAGUGUGUCAAAUGGAGAAUAUUACGAGUCGUGACUUUAAAAUUUUCAAUCUUCAAAAACCAAAUGAAUCUCCACGAAUCGUACGUCAAUUUCAACUGAAUGACUGGCAUGAACCUAACUUUGUUCCUGUGUCUAAAACUAUGAUAUUAGACAUGAUUGAUUUGGUAAAUGAGUGGCAGGUUUCAUCUAACCAAAAUACUUCCCCAGUUCUUGUACAUUGUAAAGAUGGUGCUACUCAUAGUGGUAUAUAUACUACAUUAUCAGUGGCCUGUGAGAAGAUGGAAUGUGAUAAACAAGUAGAUAUUCUCCAUACAAUACGCCACCUGAAGAAACAAAGGGUACAAAUACUCUGUCAAAUGGAACAGUACAGAUUUAUAUACAAAGCAUUAUGGGAUUAUAUCAAUCUAAGGAUGGAAGGUGGUACACUAACAGAGAAAAUGGAGAAAACCAAUGAAGGUUUUGAGAUAGAAUCCAGUUCCAGUUUUCAGUCUUUUAGUGAUAUUGGUAUAUACUCUUAA